AUGGAAGCACUGGGGAUCGCAGCUUCGAUUGUCGGACUAUUGGCGGCCGGCGCCAAGCUGGUCCCAUGGCUUGUCAACAUCGCAGACAAAGUCGCAGAUGCUCCGGACUCUGUCAAGGCUGUUUCAUCUGAACUUAAAGAAACGACAAUCAUUCUAGAACAAAUCCAUAUAUACGUUCUGGACCAGCAAACCGUUACAGAGAAUAGACGAGCUCUCAUCUUGCUAGAACACAUUUCGGUUACGCUGACGGGAUUCGUUCUUACAUACUCGGAUUUGGAGAGACAUGUUGACUUUGUGCGGCCUGACAGGCAGAUGUCAGUAUUCGACCGGGGUAAAUGGCUUAUUAAGGAAAAGGAAAUCUUGGAAGUCAUUUGUCGGUUGCAGAACCAUAAGUCGUCACUAUCCAUGAUGCUGAACAUCCUUCAAUGUUAUUCCUUGCAAGAGGCACAGAAAUCAAUGCAACAUCUUUGUAGAUUGGUGAACCAAACUCUCCGACAAGAUCAAGGUCUAGUCGCACAACUCGAACGUCGAAGAGCUAUACCAGAAUCCAUGACUAUGAUGCCCGUUCCGGAUGUUAUGACGCUUUCAGCCGCCAGUGUUCGCGAUGACGCCUUAACGAUUGUUUCAAAACAAAGCAACGACUCCAGUGUUUCAAAAACAUCCAUGUUAUCUUUUUUCCUCGGCUCCAAAUUCUUUGAAAAGCGUAAGGGCCCGAUAUUCGAGUUUGAGAAGGAUCUAAAAACCUCAUGGGUCUACAAGAGGUCCGGUUUCGGCUUUCUAUCGCAGUCGACGACGUCGCUUCUAAGCCGCAGAGGAUCGGAGCGUGGUGUCGCAAUGUCCGCGCUCUCGAAAGUCAGCUGGGGGGAAAUAUCCAACUUAUCAGUUUUUAGUUUGCCGGUAUUUGCUUCUGAUAUUUAUAAUAGUGAAUGGUAUAAGCCCAUAGUCGCUUCAGGAUCGGUUGAGUCCCCAGAAUCAGUCCAUAGACCGAACAGCGAAUUGGAACCGGAUGUUGGAGGUAUUAUUAAGGGGAUUCAACAACCCAAAAUCUUUUUGGACGAGCAGAUCGAUGCUGUAAAAGACAUUACAACGAGGGUGGGUGAAGUAGAGCCGCGGAGGGUGGGUUCGAAGAUAAAUAUCCCAGUAAAUCGAGACUAUAAGAACAUUUCCUCUGAUUUUUGGAGGAGAAAUGAAAUCACGAAAUGGGUCUCCGAUACUUACCCUAAUCAGCGUCGCACCCAUUCGUCGGGGCAAAUGCUCAUCAACAAGGGCAAGCCUACAUACGAAGAAUGGCUUGAUCGUGAUUCUUUAAAUAAUCGCUCUUUGAGAAUUACCAGAUCCCCUAGUGUCGAAGCCAUAUAUGAUGGAACGGGUGACGAGCGGGUAAGGGUUCUCUCCAGGAUCAGAUCUCUAACAAUAGACGGUGUGUUUUAA